GACCGAGAGCGCGCAACAGCGCAAACAUCUGUCAAAAAUUUUCGACUUCUUCCGCGUUGUGUGUGCGCGUCUGUCCGCCAGUGUUUGGAACGCGUUUCCACCGCAUUUAAUCGCACUUGUUUUGCUGUGCGCUGUCCCGGGCAACAUAUUGUACACUUAUCGUGUGCAUUGCAGACAUACAGCACAAUACAAGGAAGUAGUGCAACCUCAACGGACGCGUUAUUAUUGCGCAAUAAAAACAACAACGUGCAGUCGUCGGGGUGGUGCCUGUUGUUGUUCUCGUUGACCUUCCACAAACAAGCGCAGUGUGGAGAAGGAAAUCCGUGUAUCUCGAUACACGGGCCACAAAACAGCAGCAGGCUGCACAUAUGUGUUUGACUUUUCUACGGACAGCUUUCAUCGACGUCAUAACACGAUUGCUGCUGCUGCGCCCUAGGAGGCUCGCGCCGUCCGGAUACAACGCACGGUGGUGCUGUGCAUGCAGCAAUCGAUAAUACGACAGCAGCAGAAAAUCAGCCCAGCAGCAGCAGACGACGAGUGCGUUGGUGCCGUUCAAAACUCAACAGCUGGCCGUGUCGGUUGUGCGCGCGUUGGUGGUACAUCUUCCCCCGAAAACAAAGGAAAAACCACAAACCGUUUGACCGUAACGGGAAGAUUGUUCUUUUCCUUUCCUUGGAUGGAUAAUUAGAAUCUGCAGCGGGGAGACAAGCCGCAAAUAGUGAACAACUGCCCCUUUCAAAAACCACUCUCAUCAUCUCGUUCGAUCGUGCAACAAUAAUUGUGCCUUGCCACACUAGGAAAACCGUACAAAAGCUGCCGGGUGAAGAGAGAGGGCCGGAACAGUACAUAUCAAACGUGAGGGGUGUGCUUGAGGGUGCACAACAGUCUGCUGCAAAAGAAAAACACGCACCCGUGGUUACCCGAGAGCCUAUAGCAACCGGGGGAUCCCCGCACAACCCAGCAACGAAAGCGACGAAACCAAGGGCAACAACACACGGGGGUGGUGCCUGCUGUGCUUGCUGUGGUUGCUAUCCCUACACACAGGAGAGAGAGAGAGAAAGUGUGUGUGUGCAAACACCGACCGAACCGUCUGUUUCCCGGGGGCGGCUUAAACACACAACAUAGACGGCGCAGCAUCGAGUGUCAUUCUGCACCAAGCGCCACGAGUGUGUGCUGUACAUACUCCGACCAGUCCCUCUCUGUGGUGAAGAGUGUGUGAAAAAACACAGACAGCAGGCGGCAGCAAGUGGGGAAGGCUACAAAGUUACAAAAAAGCCCAACUUUUCUCUCCCAGCACUGCACACCAAUGGCGUCCGGAUCGGUGUCCGUUUCCACAGGGACCAAAACCACCAACAAAACCGGCAUGACCGGAACGACGGGAGGCGUUACCGGAGGCACGGGAGGUGGCGGUGGCGGUGGUGGUGCCGGUGGGCGCAAAAAGUCCGGCCCCAAGUUCGAGCUGUCGGACGAGCAGCGGCAGGACAUCAAGGAAGCGUUCGAUCUGUUCGACUCGGAAGGCACGGGCAUGAUCGACACGAAGGAGCUGAAGGUGGCGAUCCGGGCGCUCGGGUUCGAGCCGAAAAAGGAGGAAAUCAAGAAGAUGAUUGCCGAGAUCGAUAAGGACGGGUCGGGGAAGAUUUCGUUCGACGAUUUUCUGCAGCUAAUGACGGUCAAGAUGGCGGAGAAGGACUCGAAGGAGGAGAUACUGAAGGCGUUCCGGCUGUUCGACGAUGAUGAGACGGGUACGAUUUCGUUUAAAAAUCUGAAGCGCGUCGCGAAGGAGCUGGGAGAAAACUUGACCGACGAGGAGCUGCAGGAGAUGAUCGACGAGGCCGACCGGGACGGGGAUGGGGAGGUGAAUCAGGAAGAGUUUCUGAGGAUUAUGAAGAAAACGAGCCUGUACUAAAAGGAGGGCAGGAGGGAGUGUGCAGUAGGAAUAUACCAAGCAUGCAUUUACUAUCUUUUGCGCCAUUUGUAAGCAACACAGGGAGAUGAUACACAGGAGAAGAAGGACAAUUUAACGUAACAAAGCCAAAACAUGUAACAGUAUCACCAAGGGAUGUGAGAGAGAGAGAGAGAGAGAGAGAGAGAGCGAGCAAGAUAUGACAAAAGGAGGAUUGAUAAAAGCACUACAACAAGUAUUCGAAUUAAUCAACGAAUUAGUACAACAAGAUGAGACACAACAGCAGCAGGUGUGGCAGGCGCAGCACACACACAAACUCUUUUCGAACGAAUCUUCCCGAUUCCUGUGAAUCUCCAACAUUCCAUGUACUGUUAUGCAGUGCUCCGGAAGGAGUUUGUUGCAUUUAGAGCGAAACAACACAAAGAAACAUUUAAAACAAACAAAUAAGGGGACAAAGAGCACAGUGUACUCACUCGCCAGAGAGCGAAACCGAAAAAACAAACACAAAUGGCUUUACUAUAUAGAAGGGUAGAACGCGACCUAUUUGGCAGGAGCAGUCCCUUAUAGAAAGAUGAUGAUGCAAAAGCGAGCUAAGCUGCACCAACUGUUGGUCGCCUGGCACACUGCUGCUGCUUCCUUUCCACACACGUUUAUUCCUCUUAAAGAGGAGAUCGCGCGCGCCCCCAAGCAAGCUUACUUAUAAAUAAGGGAGGGAUGCAGCAGUAAAUGUGCAAGCAAGCUAUCUUCGUCUCUCUCUCUGCUACCCAUUAUUGAUAAGGAAGGGAGGAAAAAAACGGCGAAUACAUGAUGAUCGCAUAUAUUUUAACCCGAUGACAAAUGUGUUAUUGAUAAUCUCUCGAUUAGUGAGUGAGGCAAGUACGUUUAAAAAGUAGAGCAGACAGCACCCACUUUCAGCACAUCAGUAAGUCAGUCGUAGCAAGCAAACACAACAAAACGUUACAAUGAUUUAACAAUCCCACCUAGAAAUCGGGGUGUCUAUCCCCCCAUUUUCCUUCUCAGAGUUACUGCUUUCUUCGGUAGAUCACGAAUCGUGUGGCCGAUUAAUUAAUAGUAGACAGACAGGCACACACUUACAGGGUUUUCCAGGAGAUCUCAUAGCUGUGGGACACUUUAUUGACACUCUUUCUUACACGAAAUGAACUUAAUGUAAUGGGAAUUGGACUAUCUAGCACCCUUAUUGGACAAAUCCAAUUGGAAAUUCCAUGGAGCCUGUCCAAAAAUGGUGCCAUAGAGUCCAAUUUCCAAAUUAUGAAGUUCACUUCCCAAUCAGAAAGAGUCAAGGAAGUGUACCACAACUAUGAGAACCCUUGGAAACCCCCUGUAUCAUAAGUAGAAGCAGUUUACCUCUCUAACGCUAACGCCGUCUUGGCGGCCGCUGUAGGUCGUCGUGUCUUUUUAACCGGGUGGUGGUUUCAUAAAGUUUUGGGGUGAAACAAAACUAAUCUUAAUCAGAAAUACAAACACACAACAAACGCACAGAACAACUCGCCUUGCUGAAUUAAAGCGAAGUUUGAUAGAAGCAUAACAGGAAGAGCGCGUUAGACCGAUUUUUCACGCACACACAAAAAACAUAAACACACAAAUUAGCUCUAAAUCGCACGAAGUGGUGUUUUUUUGGUGUGUGAGCUUUUACUAGAUGCACACACGCGACAGGAGACACACAGUGAAUUAUUAGGCUACGUAACGCUUCGCUCUGUCAUCAGUCUCUCGCUCUUACUCCGUUCCUCUUGCGAUAAAACGCAUUUGUAGUGAGUUUAUUAAACAAACAAGCCAAGAAAAGCGAUUGCGUAUGGGAGUAAAAUGCAUCCGAGCAAAAGAUUACCCCCAAAACCCCGCAAACUAAACAGCGACAGAGGUCGACAACCGGAGCGGAGCUAAACCUGGGAGAGGAAUGGAUAAAGAUGAUGGGCUUUUAAUGGGAAUCGCGUUGCGUCCGUGGGGCACGUUUAAUGCUGAUAGGGAUUUUACCCGGAAAAUGUAUCAUCACAGGGUUGAGGAAGGAUGAGGAUGAGCUAAAAUGCGCUAAAGAAUGCAGCAGCUACAACUAAAAGCCAGUAGAGUUACAGUAGGCAGAGCCGCAAAAGAGAGCAUUUAAAAAACAAACAAACAUUAAAAUAUACUAUUUUUCUUCAACAAA